UGUGUACCUAGUAUAAACGUUUAUCUUAGAAGUUUUAAUCUGCUUCCUUCCAUAACUGAAAAAUUGAGCAGCAGCGUGAACUUCCACCAAGGAAUUUCCUGGGGAGGGACUGUGGGUCAGAGGUGGGCGAGGCCUCCGACAGGCGCCCGCGAGGUCUUUAUCAGAGUGACACGCCUUCCCUUGGCUUCCAGUCCCCCGCGCAGCAUCCCAAGUCUCCGCGCCGGCUGUGAGUCUCUCCACUAGUAGGUCAUUCCAGAAAGAUGAGGAUAAUUAAUGUCUUUACAUUUAUGGCCUACUCUCAUUUGCUGAAUGCAUUUACUAUCACAGUUCCUAAGGACCUGUAUGUGGUAGAGUAUGGCAGCAAUGUAACACUUGAAUGUGAAUUCCCAGUAGAAAAACAGUUAGACCUGCAUUCAUUAGUUGUCUACUGGGAAAUGCAGGGUAAGAACAUUAUUCAGCUUGUGAAUGGGAAGGAAGACCUGAAGGUUCAGCACAGUAGCUACAGUCGGAGGACCCGGCUAUUAAAGGAUCAGCUUCCCAAGGGAAAUGCGGCACUUCAGAUCACAGAUGUGAAAUUGCAGGAUGCAGGUGUUUACUGCUGCAUGAUCAGCUAUGGUGGUGCGGACUACAAACGGAUUACUUUGAAAGUGACUGCUCCGUACCACAAAAUUAACAAAAGAAUUUCCAUGGACUCUAUCACCUCUGAAUAUGAACUAACAUGUGAAGCUGAGGGUUACCCCAAGGCUGAAGUCAUCUGGACAAACAGUGACCACCAGAUCCUGAGUAGCAAGACAACCACUACCAAUUCUGAGAGGGAGGAGUUAUUUUUCAAUGUUACCAGCACAUUGAGAAUCAACACAACAGCUGGUGAGAUUUUCUACUGCACUUUUCAUGGAUCAGAUCUUGAGACAAACAGCACAGCUGAAUUGAUCAUUCCAGGACCAUCCGAAGUAUUUACCCAUAAGAGGAUUCACUUGGCAUUUUUGGGAGCUGUCCUAUUGGUCAUUAGUGUAACACUGGCAAAUGUCUUCUGUCUUAGAAAAAAUGUGAGAAUGAUGGAUGUGGAGAACUGUGGCAUCCAAAAUACAAACUCAAAGAAACAAAAUGAUAUGCAGUCCGAGGAGACAUAAUCUAGCAUUGAAAUUUCUGAUCUUCAAGUAGGGAUUCUCAGCCUGUGGUUUGGGAGUUCAUCAGGGCUAAGCAUCACCAGAAUGAAUGGGCCCAUAGGAUGCAGAUAAUAUAGGAUUUUAAAAGUCUGAAAACAGAACCUGGGAAAGGAAAAAGAGGAGCACAAAGAAAGAUGGAUAGGAAAGGGAACCCACAAGGAAACCUUGGUACAUCAAAAUGACCAAGAGACUUGUCAAUGCAUGUGAAAGGGAGAAAGAAUACUUCUGAGCCUCCAAGCAAAUCAUCCGUCGCUCAUCCUAGAAAAGCGGGUUGAGAAUCCCUGAUCUAAUGGUCAGUUCUUGAGAAGUGCCUUUUUCCUCCACUCAGUAUUUCCAGUUGUCUUCUGUGUGUCUGAGAGUGCAAGUGUUAAAUAUUUAAGUAUGAGUUGUUUUUAUUUAUUUAUAGAGUCUAAGAGAUCUUGUCAUGUGAGUGUGGUUGUGAAUAAUUGCUUUUAAAGAUACAUUGCAAUAGAUGUUAAAACUUUGUUACCAAAUUAGACUUGCCUUCAAAGACUUGUUCACAUCUUAAAACCUUUAGAAUUUGUGGCAGUGCGGUACCUAGAGAGAAAGUGAGAGGGAAACAGAUGUUGAGAGCUCAGAGAGGAAGGAGAUAAAAUGGCAUCCACAGGUCAUAGUAACAACAGCCAAGUUGCAGCCAGCAGGGCUACAGUGCUUAAAGCACCCAGUUUACUCAAGGACGUGCACAGUCCACCCAGACAUAUGGGCAACAAAGCUGUGGAACCUAUGGACAGCCCACUGAUGUCAGCUAUACCUAGGCUCAGAUCUCUGCAACCUAUGGCAGACCACUUUUGCAACUUCUUAUGGACAGCCUCCUACUGGUUAUACUAUUACAGCUGCCCCGCAGGUGAUAGCCAGCCUGUCCGGGAAUAUAGCACUGGCACUUAUGAUACCACCACUACCCAGGCCUCCUUAGCUCAGUCAGCAAAUGGCACUCAGCCUGCUUAGGGCCUGUGGACAGUAUCCUGCAGCCACCAUACCUGCAAGACUAAAAGAUGAUAACAAGCCUCCUGAGACUGGUAAAUGUCAAUCUAGCACAGGAGUUUUCAAUCAGCCCAACCUAGGAUAUGGACAAAACAACUAGUUAUCUCCAGAUACCUGAGAACUACCCCGUGCAGCCACUCACCACCACACCUCUAUCCUAUCUUCCUACCAGCUAUUCCUCUACACAGCCGACUAGUAAUUACUCGCAGCAGAACUCCUAUGGGCAACUGAGCAGCUGUGAACAGCAGAGUAGCAAUACUCAACAAAGCAGCUAUGGGCAGUAGCCUUUCACUGGUUACUCACUCCCAAACUAUUUCCUACAGUCAAUAUAGCCAACAGAACAACAACUUCAGGCAGCAGAGUUCAUUCCAACAGGACCACCCUAGUAGCAUGGGUGUUUAUGGACUGUAGUCUGGAAGAUUUUUUUGGACCAGCAGAGAACCAGAACAAGAGAAGCCCUGAAAACUUGGGCAAGAGCAGAGGGGGAUUGAUUGUGGAGACAUGAGCAGAGAUGGGUAGGGAGGAGGAUACGGUGGAAUGGGCAGUGCUGGAGAGCAAGGUGGCUUCAAUAAGCCUAGUGUACCCAUGGAUGAACGAUCAGAUCUUGGUCUAGGCUUGCCUAUAGAUCUGGAUGAAGACUCUAAUGAUUGUGCAAUUUAUGUGCAAGGAUUAAAUAACAAUGUGACUCUAGAUGAUUUGCCAGACUUCUUUAAGCAGUAUGGAGUGGUUAUAAUGAGCAGGAAAACUGGGUAACCCAUGAUCCAUAUUUACUUGGACAAGGAAACAGGAAAGCACAAAUGUGUGGGUAAUGAAGUAUGUGAUGAAGUCCACUGAAGACGCCACUCGUUGCCAAGGAUGCUGUGGAGUGGUUUGAUGGGAGAGAUUUUCAAAGGACCAAACUUAAAGUCUCUCUGUCUCAGAAGAAACCUUUAAUGAAUAGCACAUGGAGUAGAAUGCCACCCUUUGGGGGCACCACCACUUCAUGGAAGUCCAGGUUGCCC